AUGAAAAAACUCAUUUUCAGAAAUAAAAUUGCCGUAACUAUACAAAAAUGUGAACCAGAUAAAAGGGCAAUGGUUCGCCUAAACCCCAUGGAAAAAUUAUCAAAUAUUCGAGCAAAACUUAAAAAACAUAGUAUCGUCAUGAUGGAUAUCACUUACUCUUUUGCUCGGAAAACACCCGAAAUUAAUAAUAAUAGUGCUAACAAUGAGAUUAGCUAUUGGUUCGCCGAAAUAGCACGAGAAGAUGAAGAAGAACUUACUUUAAGAGAGAUCUUAGAAAAAAUUAAUGAUGAUAAUAUUUUAUACUUAGUGAAAAAUUCAAGCCCCGAUUGGAAAUUUUUGAAUAAACGUCGUAAACUAAGUUAUGGAUGUAAAAUGACUUUUGACGGUAUUAAGAAAGCAAAUAAAAGAGCUUUUAAAAUGAAAUGUUGUGAUUUGACUGUAAUCGGCGCUGAAGGAUUUAAAAAAGGGGUUAUUAAAUCUAAGACGGAAGAAGAUUGGAUGAUGAAAAAGAAUUUAUUUUUUAGUGCUGAUGUUAACGUACAAAAUUUUAUAAAAUUAGGAGUUUCAUCCGAAAGUCUGAGACAAAAUUUUAUUAAUAAUGAAACCAAUUUAUCUUAUCGUUAUAUGGAAUAUGGUAAAAUAUCUUUAAAUUUUGGUAAAUAUUUAAAACCAUCUUCAGAAUUUAAUAAAGCAGUAGAAGAAGCCAUAGAAUCCCAAGACCCUAAAAAAUUUAAGAUCAUCAUUGAAGAAUUUGGUCAAUUCGUUCCAACUGAGGUAAUUUUGGGUGGAAGAAUGUAUUUCGAAAGUGUGGAUCUAUCAACAGAACAAACACAAAUAAAUUCUAAGGAUAAUACUAUAAAAGUAGGCGCUGGAGGUUUUAUGGGCACCAAAUUUGGACGAAAUUCCAAUCACAAAAAAGGAAAUUCAAGUUAUUGUAAUUUUAGCUUUGUAAGCUUAAUUGGAGGAGAGCAACCUGACGGUUCUGAAGAUUUUGAUAAAUCUUGGGUUCAAUCUUUAAAAGAUUAUAGAAAUUGGGAUUGUAUAGAAUAUCGAAAUCCCGUUAGUAUUUUCAGUUUAUUAUCUGAAACUUUACGUAGAAGAAUCUUAACAUCUAUUGGAAAAAGAGUUCUUUAUUCACACUUUGAGGAUCGUAAUUAUCGGUUAAUAGAACGUGGAGGAAGAGUUUUUGAAUUAAAUAUACCUUCAAAUAUAAUGAAUAUUAUUCAUAAUAAGGAUUCUGAUUGUAACUUUUUUGCAACGGUUGUCGACCAAGAAAAUACAAAUGAUCUUUUUAAUUGUCAGAUACUUUGUCCAUCAAAUGGAAAACCAAGCGUUAUAGUUCAUUGUAUUCAAAAAGAGUUUAAAAGAUGUAAAUGUCAUUUGAAAAUCGGUCUGAUGGUUAUCGGUUAUGAUACGAAUUAUAAUUUUAUGAUUUCGGAUAAUGAUUCUAACGUUCAAAUCGAUGUUCUGAAAAAGAACUUUGAUGCUUCUUCAUCAUUGCAAACUAUGUUCAAUGGAGAUUCAUUAGAAAAUAAUAUUCCUUGUUUAGGAAUUCCCGUAUUAGAUAAAUUAGAUUCUUCAAAUAAUUCGCUCAUUAUUGGACAUUAUUUUUUUGGCGAUGCUCAAGCAGCAAAUGUAACUGGAUAUUGCACGUUCUCUUAUUGUUUAAGAAAAGAACGCUAUGUAAAUUUGCCAAAUUUUAAUUUUUAUACUCUUACUACCUCGAAAACUUCAUAUUCCGAUGCUUUUGGAAAAACACUCAUAGAUCGACCAUUUGCUAAUGAUUCGUUGAAGUUUAUUAGUUUGAAUUUGUAUUCUGCUAAAAAAUUAUGGAAAAUCGGUAAAAGUAAUAAUGUUUUUUUUUUAAAACAGGACCAAAAGCAAAUUACAAUUUGUAAUAUUGAAUGUAAAUGUAAGAAAACUUUAAAUAAAACUUGUGAUAUCUGUAGAGAAAUCUCUAAUUUUCAAAGAAAUGUUAAAAGUAUUGAAUGUGCAUUCUUCGAUUCAGAAGUACUUGAGAAUGAUAAAAAUAAAAUUGAAUCGUUCGUAUGA